UCACCACGCGGCACCGACUGUCGUCUAUGGCAAUUCAUUAUGAAUAUCCUCUGGAUUUUUCUUUGCCGAGCUUCUUUAAAAUGGUCGUGGGAUUUUGCCUGGUAACCCCACCGCAACAAUGGAGAUCUGGUCAAAUCUCGGGGCGCUCAUGGCGAGCAUCUUCUUUAUCAGAACAAUGGUGAAGGAAUACCUUCCGGCCGAACUCUACGACCAUUUCGCUCUGUUAUUCAGCAGGCUUGUAAAGUUCCUGUCUCCAUACAUCACCAUCGUGAUUGAAGAAAAUGAGGGCAUGAGAACAAGCGAGAUCUACGAAUCGGUGCAGAUUUAUUUAAGCACCCGUUCUUAUUCAAAAGCCAAGAGAUUGAAGCUCAACAAGCCCAAAAAUGGCAAAGCCUUUACCUUUACCAUGGACAGAAAGCAGCAAGUAACGGACGAAUUUCAGGGCAUCAAAGUCUGGUGGACUUUCCACAGCAGAGAACUGAAACAGCCUAUGCACUCUUGGAGUUCAAUCUCAGACGAAAAGCGGUAUUUCGAGCUCCAGUUUCACAACAGGGACAAAACCAGGGUAUUUGAUACUUAUCUGCCGCACAUCUUGGCAGAGAGCAAAAUAUUGGAGCUCAAAAGCCGGCACCGGAAGAUUUACACCAAUAAAGGCGGUAAAGGGCAUUCCUGGACGCCGGUGGUUUUCGAGCAUCCGGCGACCUUCGAAACCCUGGCUCUUGACCCUGAGUUAAAGGACGACAUAAUGCAGGACCUCACAAGGUUUUCACAAAGGGAAAUGUAUUAUAAGAAGGUCGGCCGUGCCUGGAAAAGAGGAUAUUUGCUCUACGGCCCCCCGGGAACCGGAAAAUCGAGCAUGAUUGCUGCAAUUUCUAAUUAUCUGCACUAUGAUAUUUAUGACCUGGAGCUAACUGAAGUUAAGAGCAAUACAGAGCUAAGAAAACUUCUGAUUGCUACCACUAACAAGUCUAUUAUUGUGAUUGAGGAUAUCGACUGUUCGCUAGAUCUGACGGACCGGAAUAAGAAGCAUAAGAAAGAAAGCAAGGAUGAGCCCGAUCCGGUCGCCGGGAAACCAGAGAACGAGCCGCCGGAAAGCAAGGUGACUCUGUCUGGGGUUUUGAAUUUUACAGAUGGCUUGUGGUCGUGCUGUGGCAGCGAACGGAUUAUUAUUUUUACGACAAAUCAUGUUGAUAGGCUGGACCCUGCGCUUCUUCGGUCAGGGCGCAUGGAUAAGCAUAUUCAUUUGUCUUUCUGCACUUUUCCGGCAUUUAAAGUUCUUGCUCAAAAUUAUCUUGGCGUUAAAGAUCAUCCUCUGUUUCAGAAAGUUGAGAUUUUGAUGGAGGAAGCGCAGAUUACGCCGGCGCAAGUAAGCGAAGAAUUGAUGAGGGCGAGUGAUAAUCCCGCCGCUGCGCUUGAAAAGCUGAUUGUAGCACUUGGCAGGGCUAACGAAAAGGCGGCUCUAAUAUUGCCUGGUUUCAGUAAUGGCGGUGAGUUCAAUUCUGGUGAAGAAGUCAACAAUUCAAGUGCAGACAAAACUCCACCGGAUUCUGACAAGUAGUCGACCAGAGGCAUGGAAGUGCCAAUUUCUUCCACGUAACCUAUCAUAUCCUCGGUCUCAUGGGUACCACAAUCUUGUAAUUAAAUAUCUUAGGGGAUGAUAUGUAACAAAUAUUCCACUAAUUCCUUGAAAUUGCUACAUUAAAGCAAAUGGACUUUCCAAAUCCUGCACACGAAUUAUUGUGUAAAAUCAAUAGACUAGAUUGUUUUUAUAGUCUUUCUCUUCUAUGGUAACUUCUCAACUAUUGAUUUCAUAUGUUCACAAACCCUUUUUAGUCUAUGGAAUGCUUUUGAUGGCAUAAUUAAUUCAUCUUUUUUUAUCGAAACAAAGAAAAUAAAGAUACGUAGAAAAGAGCAGCAAUCUGCAACCAAAAAGAAAAGAAAAAUAGCUAAUAGUAUGUUCAAAAUAUCACAUUGCAAUAGUAAAAUAGAUUUUGAACUUGAACUUUAAUGUAACAUCAUAACAAAGUAGCAGAUUUAAUCUUUGAACUUCAAUAAACAAUGGAACAUGUAGUGUCUUUUACAUGUAGCUAGAGAACUUGGUAUUUAAUAGCAUCCAAAUGUUUCAUGAUUUUCUCCAACUAUUUGGGUUCACCCUACAAUUGAGAACAUAAAUAAACAAUUUGGAAAAUGAUGUUAGAGUAAAAAUUAAGCAUUUGUGCUUCCUAAUGAAUAAUAUACUUUGAAAAAAUUGGCAAGCAUCUACUUUUCCAUAUAUUAAGUAAAGUAGUCUAUCUCAUAAAGUCUACCACAAUGUUAUUAUGAAAGAUUAGCCCCAAUAUGGCUUAUUUCCAACAUAGCACAUGAUAAAAAAUAGUAGAGAUAUGUCUGAAAAUUGCAUUCCAUUUAUUUCUUGUCCAUGAGGAAUACCAAAAAAUGUGUUUCAAACUUUCACUAUAUUGGCAAAUUAGGCAAUAAGUGGUUGGAAUGUCAUAUAAUUCAAUCUUUCACCUACCGACAAUUUGAAGUGCAAGAGUUUCCAAGUCAAAAUCUUAGCAAUAGCCUUAAAUUUUGUCCUCCAAAUUUGAGCACUUAGUUUCCCUUGUGUUUUUUCUUUAAAUUUGUAUUUCCAUUUGAGGUUCAAUCUAGGAUUUAAUGACAUAGUAGGAAGGAGGUUCAAAUAAACCCUUUUCAAAGCAGAGCAUGAAAAUUGAUAUUUGCACAACCACAACUAAUCCUUGAAAAAGUUACAAUGAGGUGGAGUGCAAAUAUUCAUAAUUAAGUAUAUAGGGACCAUAGAUUUACAAAUAUAAUAAACUCUUUAGACAUAUUAUCUAUGCCAAAAAAAAAUUAAUGCUUUGUCAAGUUGCCCAAUCUACGACAUUGAAAUCCCAUAUAUCCCCAAAUUGUUGAAUCCCUUCUUUGAAAAACUAAAAAGCUUUUCUUGAAAAGGCAACAAUUAAGGGUUAACUUUGAUAUUGUACAAAUUUGUUCCACCAAAUGGACGAGUUGCCAAAAAUCAAACUAACAUUGUAAAGAGGGGCUUUUGUAGUUUAAAUAUUUGCCCGCUUGUUGCAAAAAUUUCCAUAUAGACUGUAAAGGGAAAGAAGAUUUGAUAUUAAAAAAGAGAGAAAGUAUAAUUUUGUCUAACCAAUUGGCUAACUACCAUUUUCCUCUGAUAUAAGUGAUAAUAAUGUGAUGGUGCACUAGAAUUUAACAUGGCUCAUCUCAAGACACUACUCUAGUUAUCCAUUUUUCUAAUAAAAAAAACUAAGUUUUGGGGUCCAAUAGACCCAAUCCACCUUUAGCUUUUGGCUAAAUGUAGUGUAACCAUGAAAUGGAUUUAAAACUAGCAUAGGUAUUCCAAUUAGACCAUAAAAGGUGAUGAAUUAUUUUAAUUAAAUCUCCAUAGCCUUUUUAAAUGGGUAUCUAGCAAGAUGAGUAAUACACAUGAGAUGCCAAAAAUAUGGUUAACAACUUGUAUUUUUCCAGCUAUUGACAAUUUUUUUAUGCCAAGAAAUUCAAUUUAAUAAGAAACUAGUUCCAUAUAUCAGAAAGGGGAACUCCAAGCCCAAAAGGGAUACCUAAGUAGCAAUAAAUCUAACCAUAUUUAAUCUUCUUCAACUCUUUAGGGAUCCAAUGAGUUGGAUUCAUUGGCACCAUGAUAAAUUUAGUUUCAUAAUGUGUUAAAUUUGAACAAAAAAUAGAAUAGUAAAUAUUGAGAACCACCAUCACACUAUUGAUUUCCU